AUGGAAAAAUUAGGUCUAUCCGGAAAAUUGCCCUCUUUUGGAAGGGCUACUCACAAUGCAGCUCCGAACAUGACUGGAGUUGACAUGACGCCACGUCAAUUGGCCGUUGCCAACUGUCCUAACAACGCAUACGCUCUGGUGAACGUCGCAGCUGUGUCGGCUUCUGAUUUUCCGGAAAAUAUCUACGUUUCGGUGAAUAAUUUGUUUGUAUUCACUACGAAGCAUUCGAAUGAGGUCUCACCAGGUGUGAUUGGCCUUAACGGUAACCAGAGAACUUGGGGUGGAUGGUCACUGAACCAAUCUGUCCAGGUCAAGCCAUUCGAUCUUUUCAAGUACAGUGGAAAACAGCCAUAUUUGGGAACUCUCGACGUGGAGAUCAAUUUCCGGUCCAGAGGCAAAGCUGUGGAUACUCAAUUUGACCAGGAUGACCUUGCAAAACAAUUUUUGAAAAAUUUCGAAUCGCAAAUCCUGUCCCCUACACAGUGUCUUAUCUUCGAGUUCAAGGGCCAUAUCUUCGAUCUCAAGGUCAAGAGUAUUCAAACAAUCGACCUGGGCGAUGUUGAGAUGGUGACCCCGGUCUCGUCCAAUAUCCAGACUAAAGGCAUACUGAUAAAGCAAACACAGAUCAACUUUUACAAGGGAAGAGACGGUCUGGUGAAUUUGAAGUCUAGUAACUCACUCAGACCUAGAUCCGAUGCAGUCAUAAGGCCCGACUUCAAAUUUGAAGAUUUGGGAGUUGGUGGUCUUGAUAAAGAAUUCACCAAAAUUUUCAGGCGGGCAUUUGCCAGUAGAAUUUUCCCACCUUCUGUCAUAGAGAAGCUCGGUAUCUCGCAUGUCAAAGGACUGUUACUUCACGGACCUCCAGGUACUGGUAAAACGCUGAUUGCGAGAAAAAUCGGAACUAUGCUCAAUGCAAGAGAGCCAAAGAUCGUCAAUGGGCCUGAAAUUCUUAGCAAAUAUGUGGGGUCCUCGGAAGAGAAUAUCCGUAAUUUGUUUAAAGAUGCUGAAGCCGAAUACAAAGCCAAAGGUGAGGAGUCGUCGCUGCAUAUCAUUAUUUUUGAUGAGCUGGACUCUGUCUUCAAGCAAAGAGGAUCUCGUGGUGAUGGAACAGGAGUCGGCGACAACGUUGUCAACCAGCUGCUGGCCAAGAUGGACGGUGUUGAUCAACUAAAUAACAUUCUCGUCAUUGGUAUGACGAAUCGUCGCGAUCUGAUUGACUCGGCAUUACUGCGUCCUGGGCGUUUUGAAGUACAGGUCGAGAUUCAAUUGCCGGACGAGCAAGGAAGACUGCAAAUUUUAGAAAUUCAGACCAAGAAAAUGCGGGAAAACAACAUGAUGGCUCCAGAUGUGGACUUGAAGCAGCUCGCGGCAUUAACAAAGAACUUUUCCGGUGCUGAAAUCGAAGGGUUGGUCAAGAGUGCAAGUUCAUUCGCCAUUAACAAGACUGUGAAUAUCGGGAAGGGCAAUACGAAGCUCAAUCCUAAAGAGAUUGCAGCAAUGAAGGUCACGAUGCAAGAAUUUUUGAGUGCGCUAGAAGAUGUGACUCCUGCGUUUGGUAUAAACGAGGAGGACUUGAAAACGUGCGUUGAAGGUGGUGUUUUCCGGUAUUCGCCAAGGGUUGAUGAGAUUUUGAAAAACGGUGCGAGAUACGUUCGUCAAGUUCGGGAUAGUGACAAAUCCAGACUGGUAUCUCUGCUGGUGCACGGCCCGGCUGGUUCGGGGAAGACCGCUCUUUCUGCUGCCAUCGCCCUUAGGUCUGAAUUUCCUUUCAUUCGAUUGAUUUCUGCAGAUGAAAUGGUUGGCAUGUCUGAAAGCGCUAAAAUAGCGUACAUUGACAACACGUUUAGGGACGCCUACAAGUCGCGUUUGAAUAUUCUUGUUGUUGACUCUCUGGAGACGCUCGUAGAUUGGGUCCCGAUUGGCGCCCGUUUCUCGAACAACAUUUUGCAAACUUUGAAAGUCUACUUGAAGCGGAAGCCACCCAGCGACCGCAGACUGCUAAUCAUAUCCACCACGUCUGCGUAUUCUGUUCUUCAGCAGAUGGACGUGCUAAGCUGUUUUGACAAUGAGAUUGCCGUUCCCAACAUCACCAACCUAGACGAGUUCAACAACGUCAUGAUAGAAUCGGAAUUUUUGGACGAUGCUGGGAGGGUCAAAGUCAUCAACGAGCUCGCAAGGCUCAACAUACAGUUCAACGUGGGUGUCAAGAAAGCUCUUACAAAUAUUGAGACCGCAAGGUUCGAUGAUGACCCCGAAAGCGAAAUCAUAGAAUUGAUGGCACAGUCCGUUUAA